UGUAUUCAUCUUCCUAUCUCGUCUCAUCCUGAGACACUAUAUAAUGGACGGCUUCCAUUGCUGAAUCCUGCAGUAUCUGCAAAAAUCUCAGCAUUUCAGUCAAAAGAAAAGAAAAACAUGGGAAGUAACGAAGAUAUUAUGAUUAGUGUUAAACCAGGUGUUAAAGGUGGUACGUUCAUGGUUCGAGGAGCGGCUGUUUUAACUAACGUUCCAGCUAACAUCACGGUUACACCGGUUAACGACGGUUCGGUUUUCGUUGGAGCUAAUGCAACCAGUUCAAGUUCUCGUCAUGUGUUCAAUCUCGGAACCCUCCAGGAGCACAGAUUGGUGUGUCUCUUCAGGUUCAAAAUCUGGUGGAUGAUACCAUGCUUCGGAACAUCGGGCGGAGACAUUCCGGCAGAAACUCAAAUGCUUCUCCUGGAAGUUGAGAACAAGUUCUAUGUCUUGAUACUACCUGUGUUGGAUGGUCAGUUUCGUACAAGUUUGCAAGGGACACCAGACAAUGAACUAGAGUUUUGCAUUGAGAGCGGAGAUCCUGAUGUUCAAACCACCAAGAUUAAAGAGCCAGUUUUCGUAAAUUCGGGGAACAACCCGUUUAACCUCAUAAGGAAUUCUAUCAAGAUAUUGGAGAAGCAUAAGGGUACGUUCAAGCAUAUCAAUAAUAAGCAGAAGCCAGAACAUAUAGAUUGGUUUGGAUGGAACACCUGGGAUGCUUUUUAUUGUAAUGUAGAUCCUGAAGGAAUCAAAGAUGGACUCGAAAAUUUCUCAAAGGGAGGUUGUCCUCCAAAACUUUUAAUCAUUGAUGAAGGCUGGCAAAAUAUCUUUCCCAGCUAUGAAGAGAACCCAACAGGGGAAUUGUCAAGAUUAAUUAAUCUUGAGGAAAAUGCAAAAUUCAAGGGCUCAAAGUUGGAUAAAUCAGGAAAAAAUCUCAGAGAUUUUAUCAAAACUAUCAAGCAGAAAUAUGGAUUGAAAUAUGUAUACAUUUGGCAUGCUAUGGCUGGUUACUGGGGAGGGGUUCUUCCAGAAUCUGAAGUGAUGAAAAAAUACAACCCCAAAAUUCAACCUGUUGUUCAGUCCCCUGGUAAUCUGACCCAUGUUGUAUGUUCAACCCUGGACAAUAUACAGGAAAAGGGAAUCGGGCUAAUUGAUCCCUCCAAAAUCCGUGAUUUUUACAACGAUUUUCAUAGCUACCAAGCAAGUUGUGGUGUUGACGGUGUCAAGGUGGAUGUUCAGGGUGUCUUGGAGCUCCUCGGUGCUGGCUACGGUGGUCGAGUUUCACUGACUAGACAAUACCUGGGAGCCCUUGAGGAUUCUGUUACCGAAACUUUCAAAUCCAACAACUUAAUCUGCUCCAUGAGUCUGAAUACUGACUUCUUAUACAGUACAAAGAAGGCUGCUGCAGCUAGAGCAACUGAAGAUUUCAUGCCAAAUGAACCAACAUUUCAGACAUUACAUGUUGCUGCUGCUGCUUUUAACUCUCUUCUUAUAGGAGAGAUCAUUGUACCAGAUUGGGACAUGUUUUAUAGCGAUCAUAUUACCGCAGAGUUCCAUGGUGCAGCGAGAGCCUUGAGUGGUUCUGCAGUAUAUGUAAGUGACAAGCCAGGUAGUCACGAUUUCGACAUUAUUAAGAAGCUAGUGUUGCCUGAUGGCUCUAUCCUUAGAGCUCGAUAUGCCGGUCGACCUACUCGGGACUGUUUAUUCAAUGACCCGGUCACAGAUGGAAAAAGCCUAUUGAAGAUUUGGAACUUGAACAAGUUAUCAGGGGUUAUAGGUGUUUUUAACUGCCAAAGAGCUGGAAUAUGGCCUCCCAUUAAAGGUAGUAUAUAUAUGCCCGCUCCCGGCUCAGGAACACCAAUCUCAGGGAUUGUCAGUGCUGGAGAUGUUGAUGCACUUGAAGAGGUUGCAGGUGAGAAUUGGAGAGGACAUUGUGCAGUAUAUGCAUGCCUUUCAGGUUCCCUGAAGACAAUGUCAAAAGAUGCAAAAUUUCAAGUGGCCUUAGAACAUUUGAAAUGUGAAGUCUUUACUGUUUCUCCUAUCAGGGCAUUCAGCGAGGAUCUUCGGUUUGCUCCUAUCGGAUUACUCGACAUGUACAAUUCAGGAGGUGCAGUUGAAGCUAUGGACUCCGAAAACAAAUCAUCAGAAUGUAAGAUAAAGGUGAGAAUCCGAGGGUGUGGACGGUUCGGAGCAUAUUCGAAUAAGAAACCAAAAUGUUGCAGCAUGAACGAGAAAGAUGAGGAGUUCAUAUACAAUCCCAUAGAUGGACUAGUGACAGUGAAGGUUGAAGGUGAGUACAGCUCAAGAGAAAUGGUUUUUUUUUAUUGAGACGAGGUUGUAUGGGGGAUUUUGAAUGAAAAGAAAAUGUGGGUUUAGUUAGAUUUUACAGUGCAUGAAGUUUUCCCUAUUAUUAUGUAAGCUUUGCUUUCUGUUUUCCUUAACAAGGCAAUGAAAUAUUAGUGUUAUAUAUAUAUAUAUAUACAUAUGUUGGUGUUGGUGUUGAA